GCCUGCCUUUUGUGGCCCUGCCGAAGCUGAGCCGUAGUUCAGUAGCAUCGUGGUAACCAUGUCGCGAUUGCCAACCAUCCCAUCCUGUGAAUCCGUUCACCUCCUUGCCGUGGAGAAGAACCAAAAGGGUUUUUUGUCGCCAGUAGGCACGGAUGACGAAUCUGAAGAUGGCGAGACUGAGACAGAACCCGGUCGACCAUACCGAUCAGGGAGUGGAUCAUGGCACCGCCAACUAAGUCCAUGUUCCGUCCGCUCGGCCGCCUCCUCUGGGCGCCUCUAUGCUGAGCCUGCGCAGACUUUGAUCUUUUUGGACUGGGACGACACCAUUUUCCCAUGCACCGAGAUUUUUCAGAAGCGCCACUACAGCCGAAAGACCCGGGAGUGGACGCAGCUGCCAGUGGAGCUGGAGGAGGACCUCAGCGAGUGGCGCGACGCGGCGGCGGAGUUCCUCCGCGCCGCCUGUGGCGUCAGCGACCGCUGCGUCAUCGUGACGAAUUCGAAGCCGCCCUGGGUGAUGGCCUGUGUGGAGCAUUUCGCACCCAACUUGAAGCCUAUUUUGCAAGAUCGGCCGCAAAAUUUGAGCAUCGUCUAUGGCUCUGAAUUCAUGAAGCCAAAGAAAAAUGCCAGCGAUUUGUGCAGUGAAAAAGCUGAAAAUCUUAUCAUCAAAUUUCUGCAGUCAUCCUUGGGCGGAUGCUUCUCGGAUUUCACCGCGAAAGUGGUGGAAUCCAUGCAAGCGAUGCGGCGCCAUGCGCCGCGACCGCCCUUUGAUUUGACGGAGGCCAAGCUGAAAGCCAUGACCAGCGAAGCAGAAAACUUCUAUUCGCAAUAUCAGGGGCAGACAUGGAAAAACAUCAUCAGCCUCGGCGACAUGGCCUACGAAUACGAGGCGGUCAAGACGUUGACGGCCACCAGAGGUGUCUUUGCACAACUGGCAGCACCGCGGGAGAGGCUACGGACCAAGUCCGUUGUGCUGCUGCCAUCGCCUUCUUUGCACGGAUUGACCCUGCAACUGCGCAUUUGGAGCCAAGUGCUUCCCUCCAUCGCACGUUUCGAUGGAGACGUCGACAUCGACGUGAGCCAGAACUUCGCCCCCUUCCAGGAGCUGGCACGAGCGUUGCAGCUGCCAACCUUGGCCAAGUUGCAGGUUCCACAGGUCUAUCUUCAACCGAUCUCGCAGCAAUUCUUUGAUGAAGAUUUCAUGAAUGAGGAGGGAAGUCAGUCAGCAGCCAAUGAGUUGUUGGAUCAACUUCCAAUCCUCUUGCAUGAUUCUUUCAUAUGUCCGCCCAAGGAAGGUUUUCAACAUGUAGCUUAAAAGAUGAAACAAGAAAUAGAUCUGAAUAUAACUGGCUGGUGGUUUUGAAGAUUGAUGUUUGUUGUGACCUGGCAGUUGUGC